AGACAGCCUCAUAAAGCAGGCAUUUCGAAUACACACAUACGUAAUGUUCAUUUAGAUUUUUCGAUUUAUUAAGUAAAGUACGUUUUUAACAAUCAUUUCUAGUAGGUAUCCAUCCGGAUUCCGUGCUCAACAGCUAACAAAUUGAUCGCCUCAAUCAAUGACCGGGCAGCAGUAGAACCUUUUUUGAACUAAACAUAGUAAUUCACUGUUAACGAUUGUUAACGACGGCGGGUCGACAGGUGAACAUAGCAGGGGCGCACAAGAUGGCUUCCAAGCCGGUGUCAUCUGGUCGCGUGAACCUCUCGAAUUUGGCUCUAGAGAAUCGCAUGGUCGGUGGCAAAUAUCGUUUGCUAAAGUCCAUUGGCAGCGGCUCGUUCGGUGAGAUCUAUCAGGGCAUUAACACGCAGGACGGCAAGGAUGUGGCUGUUAAAAUCGAGGCGAUCGAUGUCAAAUAUCCAUUGCUGCGCUAUGAGGCGAAGGUCUAUGAGCAAAUUGGCCCGCACGCUGGACUCCCAGCACUUUUGCACUACGGCAGUGAGAAGCGCUUCAAUGCAUUGGUCAUGGAGCUGUUGGGUCCCUCACUGGAGGAUCUAUUCAAUUUAUGUAAGCGCCACUUCACGCUCAAAACAGUUCUCAUGUUGGCCGAUCAGCUGCUGAUGCGUCUCGAGUGCGUGCAUCAGCAUAGUUUCAUACAUCGCGACGUCAAGCCCGAUAACUUUCUCAUGGGACUCGGUAAAAAUUGUAACAAAUUGUAUAUGAUUGACUUUGGAUUGGCCAAACGCUAUCAGGAUCCAGACCGCUGCCAGCAUAUACCGUACCGCGAGGAUCGCAAUCUAACCGGCACUGCACGCUAUGCAUCGAUCAAUGCCCAGCGCGGCGUCGAGCAGUCGCGUCGCGACGACUUGGAGUCUCUAAGCUAUUGCAUUAUGUACUUCAAUUUGGGUAAGUUGCCCUGGCAGGGCAUUGUGGCGCCAAAUAAGCAGCAGAAAUAUGAGAAAAUAUUGGAGAUGAAGCGCAGCAUGUGCAUCGACGAGAUCUGUAAGUCGUGGCCCGUCGAAUUCGCCCUGUUCAUGAAGUACACGCGCAAUCUGCGCUUCCAGGACGAGCCGGACUACGUCUACUUGCGUCAGCUGUUUCGCCUGCUCUUCCGCACGCUCAAUCAUCACUUCGAUCAUGUCUACGACUGGAGCCAUCUGCACCAGCAGCAAAAGGAACGCGAGCGUGAUCGCGAUCGGGAUCGCGGCCGUCGCGAUCAGCAGCUCGUGGAAUUGGAAUUGAAGCGUCUGCGCCGUUCACGUGUCGAGCAGGUGCGCAAUCGUUUGGAAAUCGGUGAUAGCCUGAAGCAUAAGCAUCAUGAUGACAAACAGCAGAAGUGAUCGGCAGCUCCGCAUCGAAAUCUGACACAAAAAAAUAAGCUUUUCCAAAUUAUUUAAACGAAAGACUUGCAUACUUUUAUGUUAAAUUGUUCCUGUUUAGAGUUUUCCACUGCGUUUUAUUUACAUUUUUCUUAAACACUUGCUGCAUAUAUUUUUUGAUACCCCCGCCCUGAGGAUGACGAAAAAUGAAACGCAUUUCCAGAUACUUGAAAUUCUGGCUGAAAGGCCUUACUCUCAGAUAACA